AUAAAAUUUAACUUUAGGGUUUAUACCUGUUGAGCUAGGGCAGGGCGGAGAGGAUGAGCAACGCGGCUGGAGUGAAUCCCACCGUCGCGGAGAAGGAGAUGAUGUUCAAUAUGGCGCAGCAGGAACUGGAGUCGAGAGUGGAUCUGUUCAACAAAAUGACGCUUUCGUGCUUCAACAAAUGUAUUGGAAGCAGCUUCAAGGAGUCGGAAUUGAAUAUGGGCGAGAAUAGUUGCAUUGAUCGGUGCACUGCCAAGUACUGGCAGGUGACGACGAUUAUCGGCCAGCUUCUCGGCUCUUCAAGGCCUCCAAUGUGAUUCUUUUGACGAACAACGCGGCUGCGACGCCGAAAGUUUUGUUUUCCAGGUUUUGUUAAUAGUGUAGCACUCGUAAGUUGGGCAAUCAGGCUAGAA